AUGCAUCCUAUUAUCUCCUUCACGGCCGUACUCGGUCUGCUUAUCGCCGCCAGCGCAGCUUCCCCCAUUCAAAAGGACAAAGUCGCUAGCCCGGCGGACAUCGCGGAUAUCUCCAAUGACCAUUCUUCAGCGAUGACGGUCCCAAUUAUUCCGCCACAGGACGGAGAAUGCUUCUUCCGCUGCACCCCAACGCUGUUUCUCGCCCUCACCUGGAACGAAUGCAUCCGGGAUUGCAUGGCGCCGAAAUUGUCAAAAUACGAAGGCAGGGUCGAAGACCGCAACUGGAAAUGA